AAGGAUCCCUUCAACCUCUCUCCCUCCCUCCCUCCCUCCCUCCCUCUCACGAACACAACACACAAACAUAAACAACAUAUUAAGAUAUGCCUAUAGGUAAAUGACUUGUAACAGUUUGUUAGCCUAGACGUUGCAUCAAUAUCUGGUAAAGUUAGGAGAUCAUCAUCAGAUGUCUAGCAGAGGCCAUUGGAGGCUGGCUGAAGAUGAGAAGCUUCUCGAGUUGGUGGAACAGUAUGGUCCACAUAAUUGGAACUCCAUAGCCGAAAAGCUUCAGGGAAGAUCAGGGAAGAGUUGUAGGUUGAGAUGGUUUAAUCAGUUGGAUCCAAGAAUCAACAGAAGCCCUUUUACAGAAGAGGAAGAAGAAAGGCUUCUUGCUUGUCAUCGGAUUCACGGCAAUAAAUGGGCUGUUAUUGCAAAGCAAUUUCCUGGUCGUACUGAUAAUGCAGUGAAGAACCAUUGGCAUGUAAUCAUGGCAAGAAGAUGUAGAGAAAGAUCGAAGAUUCAUGCAAAAAGAGCAUCUCCAUCGCUAUUAGUCAACGAGCAGAAACCUUCCUUCUCAAAUCAAGAUGUGAGGAUCAUGAAUUGUGAGCCAAGGAACAAUGCCCCAUCAUUUGUCCACAAAUACUUUGAAAGUUAUUGUGAUCAUUAUCAUCAUCCCUUCACUCGCAACUAUACAUCAAUUUGCAAAGAUUUAUACAGCCAAAAUCCUAGCCAUUGUGAAGGUAAAAAUCAACCUCUCGAGUUUUAUGAUUUUCUCCAAGUAAAGACCGAGUCUAGCAAGAGUGAAGUGAUAGACAAUGCAAGAAGAGAUGAUGUCGAGGUGGAUCAGGAAGCCAAGGAAUUGCCUAAGAGCAGGGCUGGUUUUCCAUUCAUUGAUUUUUUAUCUGCUGGAAACCAAGUUAGUGGAUUGUAGGGUCUUGAUGAUGAUUUUUACAAAUGUAUGCAACCUUCAGUUUCGCUAGAAUCAUACCUAGAUGCUGCACAAAUGCAUUGACAUGUAUAAUUGGGCAGAUAAAUGUUGAAGAAGACGUCUUAUACGGUACGAGGCAUAUAUACUGCAAAUAACAGCGCUGUCUGUGUAGAAAUUGUAGAGGUUUUAGCACUGCAUUAAUCAAUUAUAACAGUCUGGUACAAUUCAUACA